GCGGGUCCUGCGCAGUUUGUAGGGAUUCGUCUUGGUGCAAAUAUUUCCGCUAAGGCUGGCCAGUUUCUCACGCGUGUAGCGACAAGCGACGGGGCUGAUGUGUUGUUCUGUGAAGCAGUUACAGGAGAGGCACAGCGUUACAGCGAUUUCUGCUGGCAAGCAUACCGGGAGGACCAACAGCGUCAGAUGACACUUCGGCGGCAGGGGAAUUGUGUCCCUGGGAAGGUGUGGCAUUGUGCUCUUUGCCCUUACAAGAGCUUCAAGCAUGCCAUCUCGCUCGCGAGUCAUGUGAAGCGGAUGCAUCUAGUCGCAAAAAACGACCGGAAGAAGAAGUCGCUGGAGCAUCCUCUCCGUGGAUUCAUGGCCAUAGCGCGCGCCUUGUAUGAUGACACCUCAAAAGCGUCGCAGAAGAAAUUUCC